UAAUUGGGUGGUGCCUUUCCUAUUGGGCGUGUAGUGGUGGUGUGAAUUAAUCGUUGCUGUGCGAAUAAAAAGACCUUUUUUUUGUUCCCAUCCUCGAUUCUUCUUCUCCUGCUUCUUCUGCUUCUUCUUCUUAUUUUCCUUUUUGGCCCAUGGAUUGCGUGCGCUUCAAUCCCUUCCUCUCCAAUCCAACUCCAUCACCAACGCCAACAACAAACCCUCUUCCUCUCCAAUCCCACUAGACCCAUUCAAAGGAUAUAUUAUAUGAUGAUGCAGGUCUCUAAGAGUUCUGUAAUGGCGGUUAAGUCCUAUAAGUACCAAGCAGAGGCGCUGGUUAAAGAUUACUUGCUAGCCGAUCCGAUCGUCCCAUACACCGCUGUUCUCGGUGGCAUUGUCAUGUGCAAAAUGGCAUAUAAUGUCACACAUUUAAUCAGCUCUCUAUAUUUCAAGGGGUAUGCAUCCCUUACAAAGAGUCAACGGAUUGAGUGGAACAACAGGGGAAUGUCCAGCGCCCAUGCCGUUUUUAUUACAGUUAUGUCAUUAUAUCUGGUGUUCUUCUCAGAUCUAUUCUCUGAUCGCCUUGAAGGAUUAGUUACAUUUCGAAGCUCAAACAUUUCCAAUUUUACAUUAGGGGUUUCCGUUGGGUACUUCAUCUCGGACAUUGUGAUGAUACUUUGGCUGUAUCCUUCCCUCGGUGGAAUGGAAUAUGUUCUCCAUCAUUUGCUCUCUAUAAUUGCUAUCAUUUACGCAAUGUUAUCUGGGGAGGGGCAGUUAUACACAUAUAUGGUUCUCAUCUCAGAGACGACCACACCAGGGAUAAACUUGAGAUGGUUUCUUGACACUGCUGGAAUGAAAAGAUCCAAAGCCUAUAUGGUUAACGGAAUUGCAAUGUUCGUUGCAUGGCUGGUGGCGAGAAUAUUUUUAUUCAUCUACUUGUUCUAUCACAUAUAUUUGCACUAUGACCAGAUCGAACAGAUGCAUAUCUUUGGGUAUGUUCUCACAUUUCUAGUGCCCACAAUAUUAUUCAUCAUGAACAUGAUGUGGUUUGGAAAGAUCCUAAAAGGCCUCAAGAAAACAUUAGCCAAGAGGCAGUGAAGAAUGAGAAGAUCAAGUUCAUGGCAAUCUCCACUUAUCCGAACUUCGGUGCAAAUAUAAUUUAUAUAUAUUUGUUCUCAUUUCUUGUAUAAAGUUCUUACUAUUUUAGGUCAUGAAGGGAGGAACCAGUAAGAGGUACCUUUUUUUAAGUGUUCAAAGAAUUUAGGUUAGAGAUCGGGCCCCAUCUUUCUCCUUUCCGGUUAAAAUAGUUGUAUAUUGUUUACAUCUUACAACUUGUUUUCAGCGAAAUUUCUACUGUAAUCUUCUUUUGUUUCGGUUAAUAUUUAUAAGUGUUUUUUGAGUAA